AUGCUAAAGCUACCCAAAGGUCUUAAAAAGAAGAAAAAGGGAAAAAAGUCCAAACGUAAAGGUGAAGAAGAGCUUUUUACUGAAGAAGAAUUAGAAAAGUAUAGAAGAGAGCAUCAGCAGCAAUGUACUGACAGUGGUGAAGGUACUACCAAAGAAAAUGAAGAGUGGUCUAAAUUCAAAGAUUUGACUACGGGCAUAGAUACGGUACUAAAAAAAACACAAGGUGACCUAGACCGCAUCAAAUCCACUUCAUUUUUUCAACGCAUUCCUCCAAAGCAGGCCGAACCUGAAAAAAAACAGUCUCCACCUAGGCCAGUUGUUGAAGUUACCGAAGCAGACUUCCCACAGCUUAUUCAAGCUCAAACAGAAGCUGACGAAGAUCGGAGUGAGUACGGCGUGACCGACGACGAGUCCGAGGAAGAGGAGCAGGACGACAUCUUCGAUACCUCGUACGUAGAAGCUGUAGAACGCGGGGAAGUGAAACUCGGGUACGUGCCUGACUCGCCGGAGGAAUUCCAGGAUGACGACAUCUUCGAUACAUCGCACGUCGAUGCUUUAAUAAAGGGGCAAGAAGUCAAAACCUCCAAAGGAAAAAAGUCAUUAGACAUCGGAAUAGCUGUUGGUGUUCUUACUGGCAGAAUAGAUAAUGUAACGGUUACUACGAAACGAUCUAAGAGAGUAAUUCCUGGUGAUUUAUUAUUAGAUAAUGCUGACACAAAUGACGAGAGACCAACUGAAACGAUUACUGUAGACGAGCCCAUUGAGAAAAGUAUAUUGGACCUCGAUGCAGACAUCCCUAUAACGACACCUAUUGACUUAAGCGUAUCACUUCACACGUCUUUGAUUCAACAAACGAAAGGUGACACAGAAAAGGCGCCUGCGAAAGAUUUUUUUUCUGCAGAUCAACCACCGGCCGAUGAAGAAUUUGAUGAAUUUACAUUGCUUGCAGCAAAAUCGCUUGAAGUCAACUCAGAAGUAACAAAAUUAGGAGAAACCGAAAUAAAGGCGGAACCCGUUUUACAAGAGUCGUGGUCAGCUUUUGAAGCUGAUAAAAAUGAAUUUGUGUUUGCAGAGAGCAUCGUUGAAGAUCAGAUAGAUGUGCUUGAUCCAUACUUAGAUCAAGACGAUCCGUUUGAUACUAGUUUUGCGGACGCUGUAAUUCCUGUGAAUCAGUUUCAAGCGAAUAGAGAAGCAGUAAUUCUCGAAGACGACGACGACUUUGAUCCGCGUUCUGAAGAAGUUCGAGUAAAAUUAAACAACAGGCGUAAAUCUUCAGUACGUAUUCAUUUAACUGAUCCGUCAGGCGUCCGAGAAUCCAUAACGUCUGACGAUAUUAUUGACAAAGAAGAUAAUCAAUCAGUCCGGGAUUUGUUGGGAGGUAGUACCACAGACUUAACUCAGCUAGGAGACUCGCCACUGGAUCCAGUGGAUAUCAAUAACUGUGAGAUUGACCCAUUUGACACUACUAUUGUUGAUAGCAUUGUUGCUCCUGGCAAGGUAGAGUUAAAGCUUUUAGAACAAGAAUUAAUAAGUUCAAGUUCUUCUACAAUAUAUAGAGUGCCAAGUGAUCCUGAUUUUGAUCCUAGGGCGGACGAACCAAAACAAGCAGAGCGUCGAGCUUCUCGUCCUGAGAACUUAACAGUUAGUAAGAGUGUUGUGUUCAACGUUGACUCAGACGAAUCAUUAGGCGUCGACACAAAAGUAAAGUCGAAUAAACCGGUCACACCUUACUAUACUCGGGAACUUUCAAUCACUGAAGACGCCAGCGAAGAAGCGGAAGCAGCGGACAGUGUACCUGAUACGUUGACACGCACACGGUCUGACGAAGACUUGGCACCGAAAGUCAACUAUCAAAAUAAAAGAAGACAUUCAGAAUAUUCUCGGACAAGUGACAUAAAGGCUAGUGACCUGUUACAUAGUGCUCAAGUUGAAGUUAAAACUAAGAUACAAACUUCGACCCAUUUGACACAUCUUUUGCUGGUGACCUGA